GAGUAGACCUACUGUUGGAAAGACUGUUCGACUUGUUGUUCCUCUAAACAAACAUGAUGAAUCUCUGCUGUUUUAUUUUACUUUUUGCCUUCUCUCCAUCACAGGGGCCUGUGGCAGUGACAUCGUUGGAGGGAAGGUUUCAAAGCCUCAUUCCUGACCCUACAUGGCGUCACUGCAAAUCUGUGGAACACAUGUUUGUGGAGGUUUUCUGAUUCGGGAGGACUUCGUUUUAACAGCGGCACACUGCAGACAGUCUAGUACCAUGACAGUGGUCCUCGGAGCACAUAAUAUCACCAGGAAGGAGCCGAGCCAACAGAGGAUGGAAGUAGACGAGUACUUUGAACAUCCACAUUAUAACGGCAAAUUCAACGAUGACAUUAUGCUCCUCAAGCUAAAAACCAACGCCAAACUGAAUAAGUUUGUUAAAAUCGUUGCAUUACCAAGGAAAAAUGGAAAGAUCCCAGCCAACAUUAAGUGUUCUGUUAGUGGCUGGGGUAAAACCGGACCCACUGCCGUUUCCUCUGAUGUUCUGAAGGAAGCCACAGAGAAGCUGCAGUUCACAGAAGAAUGCAAACACAAAUGGCAGGAAAGUUUCAAUUCAGCCACUAUGAUCUGCACCACAUUUGACAAGAAAAGCGGAGGCAUUUGUCAGGGGGACUCUGGUGGACCACUUUUCUGUAACAAGACGCCUCAGGGUAUCGCAGCUUUCACCGCCUGUGAAGACUGUGAUAAUCCAAAGUAUCCCCAUGUCUUCACUAAAAUCUCCUUCUACAUCCCCUGGAUUGAAGAGGUGUUGAAGAGGUCUGAGAACAUAGCAUGAACCACCUUUCAGCAGCCCUUUAUCCACUCACCCAUGAACUGACACCACCACAGGCAGUGCACCUGCCAGAGGCCUUUUCUGACACAACUCUGAAACAGGAAAUGAUACAAAAAACUACAUCAGCUCCUACUUUUGGUCUAUAUCUCGGGUGUACUUUGGUCUAUAUCUCGGCUGUGCUUUGUCUAUAUCUCGGCUGUGCUUUGGUCUAUAUCUCGGCCGUACUUUGUCUAUAUCUCGGGUGUACUUUGUCUAUAUCUCGGCUGUGCUUUGGUCUAUAUCGCGGCCGUACUUUGUCUAUAUCUCGGCUGUGCUUUGGUCUGUAUCUUGGCUGUACUUUGUCUAUAUCUCGGCCGUACUUUGUCUAUAUCUCUGCUGUACUUUGUCCUACUAUUGACAAAAACUAAUCAGGUUGACUACAGAAUAUGGACAAUCAUUUGGUCAUGGUUUGAUAUCAAUAAUACUUGAAAUGUGACCGAUAGAGCGCAGACAGACAGGCCAAUAUUCUUGCCCUCCAGCAACAAAGUUAUUAUCCUGUAUUUGGAAAAAGUCAACUAUUAAGUUUGUAUAUGUUUGUUUAAUUCAAUCAAAUAUCAGAAAAAGCACAGGAGUACUAUAUGUUAUAAGUCAAUGUCCAAC